AUGUUUUCUGAUACAGAAGAAAAAGACUAUGAAAUUGAGCUUAAGGGGGCUCUAACAGCCGAUAUUUCUGCGUUUUCAACAGACUCAAAAGUCUUGACAGUAAGUGCUACAAGCGACCAGCCAUUUACAAUAAUAGCAGCAGUGAGCCAGUUACCAAUAUUCAACAAUGAUAAUCGUACUGAUUUUGGGUGCUUCGUACCCAGCUCAAUUUUUUUCCAUCACGUUCUACUCGGCACUUACGUAACUACGUUAGACACAGCUACAUAUUUUUCUUUUACGCCUGCAAAUUUUUCGAAGGGUAAAUUUGAAGUAAACGUUGAAGGAGCGUCAAACAUGACAGGAGUUUUACACCUUACAGCAAAUGGUUCUCAAAUGCCUCAGCACAUUAACCAGAGUUACUAUGGAGAUAUUGUAGCUUUUCGGGAAAUUUCUGGGGUGGCUAUUUCACACGUGUUGCGUUACGGAGACUGCGGUGAAGUUGGCUAUAAGGUAGGAAAGGGCGCUUUUCUAGACAAUGUUGCAUCUGAUUUAGAGUUUGUUACUGGAACGACUGGAUACGUUCUAAAUUCGUCGCCUUCAACAGUCACGGUUAUUGGUGAUGAGCUGACUCGAAACACCUCUGUUGAUAAUGGAACGGCAGUAUCCCGAGACGAUUACUACGAGUUUGUUGGCGGUGAGAAAUGGUUUUACCGCAAC